AUGGUUUCAAACAAUGCUGUUCCGAUGAAGUUAGAAAGUUCUGACAGAAGAUAUGUAGUUGUCAGAACGUCAGAUUCUCAUAUGCAAGAUACAGAAUAUUUUGACGCUUUGUCAGAAACUUUGACAUCUGACUUUUACAACCACUUGUUCUCAUAUUUUAUGACAUUAGAUAUUUCAAAGUUCAAUCCAAGACAAAUUCCACAUACCGAAGAGAGACAAACAUUGUUAGAAGCAAACAAGAGUGUAUAUGAACUGUUCAUAGAUGAAACUGACUUUGAGUGUUUAGAUGAAAGGUCAUUGUACGAUUCGUAUAAACAAUAUUGUCAAGAAUAUGGUUAUAUGACAGCGUCUAAACGAACAUUCUUGGCAAAUGUCAAAAGUCUUUUAGACGUACAGAAUGGUGUAUAUACAAAGAAAAAUUUUUCUGAGUAA